AUGUACUCACGCCCCCCAACCCCGCACGGCGAUCUGCCGUUCCUCGCGCUCGCAACCGCCAUGGCCGACGCCAAGUCACCGCCGACAGACCUCCAGUUGGCACCAUGGACAUCGCUUUGGCCGGCCCCCCUCACGACUCGCCAUGUGCCCGAGCUCGUCUCGAUCGGCCGCGCAUGCAGCCUCGGGUACUAUGUGCAAUAUGACAUGACGCUUGCCUGCCCCAUCACAAGCCAUCGCUGGACCAUCCAUAAGCGCUACUCGGACGUGCUGCAGAUGCGCGAGACGCUAUCGACGACAGCAACGCCAAGUGAGUACCUCGCGUACGUUCUGCGCUUGCCGUUUCCAAAGAAGCACUUUGAUGCCGAGAAGCCGAGUGUGAUUGCCGAGCGCAUGCGUGAUCUCGGCAGCUUUGUGUCGCACGUCUGGAGCCUCUACGCGACCGCUUGGCUCCACGCUCUGCGGUAUCCCGACGAACCGCCAGUUGUGCCAGCCGGCGUCCUCGCGCGACUGUUUAUCUUUCUCCGGAUUCCUCAGGAAGCCUUGAGCGUCACUGUGACGACGACCACGGCGACGACGAUCGACGACGCGUGUCCGAUCUGCUUGGAGAGCUUUGCCUCUGCGAUCGUCUUGGAGCUGGCGUGCGGUCAUGGCUUUCACGUAUCGUGCUUGCGUGACUGGCUGGCGAUCACACCGUGCUGUCCGACGUGCCGCGGAGCACUCGGAUCGAUCGUGCUGCAUGUUCCAUCGUCGUGUUAGUUGCUUAUUAGUAGUCAAAUUAUGCAACGA